AUGGACGCCACAGGUGAUAUCCCUCCAUGGAAAUUUAUAUAUUUAGAGGUUUCAAUGCUCCUCCCCUCAGUAGUAACAGGUGUACUUUUUUGGAAAUAUGGAUAUCCUAUGAUAGCAUUAUUAACGAUUUUACUAUUCUGCUAUCUUAUUGUGCCAGGAUUGUUAUUAUAUCUUGACAAAGUUUCUACUCAUGUUACAAGAUUAUCAUCAAGCUUUGCCAACAUUGCCUUGGAAAAAAGUGAAUAAAUAAAAAAGGGAUUGAUUUGGUUUGUUGCUUGUUUAGCAAUUUCCUUUUUAGCAUUCUUCAUUUCCCUCAGCUAUGUUCCCUUUUGGUCUUUUCAUACCAUCAACUUCUUCUACAUGGCCAAUACAGAAAUUAUAGUGAUCUCCGUGUUAAUGUUGUUGUUGGAUCCAUUUUUAGAGGAAUUCUUUUGGAGAGUCUUCUUACAGAGUGGUUUUGCAGGCGGGUUAACAUACUCAAACCCUAAAGAAUGGAUCAUCUGGAUAGUUGCCAUCCAUUAUGGAUUACUUUACGUCUUUAUUUUUGCAGUUGUCACAAGUAAAUUCUUGUAUGCAUUAUUCUGUGCUAUACCAUUCGUAAUUUUCAGUAGGAAAUUUGCAUUUAUUCGUGAUUAGGGUGUUUUAACAGCCAUUUUAGCACAUACUGGAUUUAACCUUGGAUUUGUAAUUGUUUUAAAUUUAUGGUAUUGGAAUAAUUGGGAAGUUCAUGGAUGGAAGCCAUAUGAAUUUUGAAAUAUAAUAAAAAAGUUCAUAUAAUAGAUAAUCAGUCUUUGA